UCUCAGCAGCGGCAGUAGCACAUUGACAGUGUGCAACCAUAGCAACCACACCAUGGCGAUGACUCAUCGCCUAACUGUAGUGCUCACUGCGUUUGAGAUUGUUGGAAAUAUCGUAGGAUAUAAUAUUUCGCCCGUUCCCAAUGUGAUCUUCACUGAACCGGCGAAUCACCGGAAUACCCCCCACGUCAAAAAGUCCUAUUUUGGGCUAGCGGUACAUCUGACGAAGAGUAGUGUUUUUAUUGGUGCACCUAGGGCGAUAACGUACAGUCAAAGAUACAAUGCUGUUAACAAUUCUGGACUUAUAUAUCAAUGUGAUGUUAGUUCGGGCUUCUGUGAAAACUAUUUACAAAUGGAAGAUCGGAGCUUUGUGAAUGAAAUACUGAUGUCGGGACAAUAUUUCGGAGCUACUUUAGAUGGCCUGGCAAAUGAGGAGGUGUUUGUUGCGUGCGCUCCAAGGAUGACCGCCGAUGAAAACCGUUAUGCUAUGGUUGGUGCUUGCUAUACAAGAGUUAACGGAACGACCUACAACCAGAUGCAAGCGUUUAACUAUAGAAAAUCGACUAUUGCGGUAGACACGGCUCUGGAAGGUUUCGCAGUGCGCGUGUUUCGACGUGAUGACAAUCAACUGGGAAUACUGACCGGUAUGCCGGGGUAUAAUUCCACAGGAUCGGUGAUUGUUUACAGUGGCGACUUACAGACAGGAAUGCUUGUGAACUCAUCCCAGCUGGAAGCAAAUGGCUACUUCGGAUACAGUGUAGAUUCGAUGCUAGUGGAAAACAACACAAUCUACUUAGUCGGUGCUCCACGAUCAGGGAAGGUCUAUGUGUUUCAAGUGGAGAAAGUUCCUCGAAAAGCAGCCCGUAUGAAAAUACACAGUGUUCUCUCCUCAGACAGUUUUGGUGAUUAUUAUGGAUACUCGUUGUGUACAGAGGAUAUUAACGGUGAUGGAAUCGUUGAUGUAAUGGUUGGAGUUCCUUUUCUGUCGAGGAAUUCUGUGAGUGAUCAUGGAGCAGUUUUUGUGUACAUAAAUCGGGGGUUCGAUUCGGAAGGACUGGUCAUACUGGAGAAACAGCAAAGCUUGGAGUCGAACUACACAGGAAGUGGACAGUUUGGAUACUCAAUAUCAACUUUAGGAGAUAUCAAUCGAGACGGAUACAGUGAUAUUGCUGUGGGAGCUCCUUUUGAAGGAAACGGUGCAAUCUAUAUCUUCCAUGGAGGUCCAACCGGAAUCGAAGUCAAGCCCAGCCAGAUCCUGAGAUAUCCCAGCCAAUUCCCUGGCUUGUCAAUGUUUGGAGCAGCCAUUGCCAAAGCUGUCGACGUCGAUGAAAACGGAUUCAACGAUAUCGUCAUUGGAGCUCCAAAUGAUGAGACAGUAUAUCUGUAUCGAACCUACCCAAUUGUUCGACCGAAAGUGGAGAUGACUCUCUCAAAAGGUUUCAUUUCGAUUGAAAACGCUACGGUGCCGUCCGGUGCGAACAGUUGGAUUGAAGAUGAGAUUUCCAUUGAAAUUUGUUACUCUUAUGAAUACCUGGAAGAUCGCAAUGCAAAUCGUGCCUUUGAUUUCAGACUAGAACUCUUGUUAGACUUCCCUUUCGAACGAGCGAAGGUGUCAAAGCAGUCAUCAUUCGAAGCGACCGUACAAAUCGCGCAGCAGAUCUCAUGUAUCAACUUGAAUGCUUCGAUUAAUGCGUCCUUCAGACACUUGUCCAUUCCGGUCAGGUUCAAGCUGCAGUACUCAAUUGUGAACCAAAAUACUACUAGCCAGAGUUUCUGUGAAGAAUGUACUGUCCAGGAGUCAGAUCCAAAGCGACCGGCUCAAAUUGAAAAGAGAAUCAUUUUCAAACCCAACUGCGAGGAGCAACUGUGUCUUACUGACUUAAAACUGAAUGGAACGUUUUUGAAUUUUGAAUCGCCAUUCGUGAUAAAUAGCUCCCGGACACUGGAACUGCAGUACGAAAUUAGUAAUGCGGGAGAAUCCGCUUACGGAACCUGGCUGGAGAUCAAUUUCUCUCAAAACGUUAGUAUCGUGAAAACCAUGGAUUUUUGCGACAUUGACACUGCGCGUCUCAGCUGCCUGAUCAACAAUGGGCAAGCACUGCAUCAACGAAUGGCGGUGAUGGUUAAUGUAGCGCUGGAUGGAACCGUGUUGGAAGGUUCUUUGCUGGAAGUUGAAGCUCGGUUAUUUAGUGAUGGAAAUGAAACAUUCGGUGAAGAUAAUCUUGUUUUCAGUCAAAUCGAUCUGGUUAGGCAUAGCCUGGUGGGUAUAACCGGCACAUACGACCCAUUUUACGUAAACCUGGACGCUCAAAUGAACAAUGUAACGACGAAUAUCAAAUUCACGUUGGAAAACUACGGUCCGAGUAACGUAAGAGAAGCAUUGGUGUCGUUUUUCAUUCCAAUGAUGUUCAAACAAUCUCAGCUAAUUGAUCUAAGGGCAGAUAAUUUAGAAAUACUUUACAAAGGAAAACCUCUAGGUUGGACCGAGUCUGCACUAACAUCACUGUCCAUGAUCAACCAAACCAAAUCGCCCAUCAAAUCCUACAGUUCCAACGAACAAUUCCUAAUCCAGAAGAAAGGCAUCACACUCAGCUGCUUCAGCGAAUACGUCAUCUGCAAGAAUGUGUCAUUUCUUCCGGACGAGCUUCCCACAAUGAAUGAACUGGUUCGGAUUGAACUCCAGCUGACGGCAUUCCCCCAAGCGAUGAUUCAACUGAUGCCAGAAGAGGUCGAGACGCUUGCAUUUCAUAUCGCGUUCGACUUGGGCAAUCCUCAUAAUCAAGUGACUCUUAGCACCAGUGGAAGUCUCGUAUUCUUUCGAUCCGUUCAAAUCAUUCCGCUAUGGGUUUACGUGGCAUCUGCUGUUCUGGGAAUAGCGAUACUGACGGCGAUUACGUAUGCUCUCUAUAAGAGCAACUUUUUCAAACGUAUGACCGAAGCUGACAUGGAGGAGAAGUUGACCAAGGGGGAUGCUCCUCCCAACGUUUUCGCCGAUGGAAGCAUAAUGAUGAUAUAAGGAGCGCAGCAAAUGCAGUUUCCUGAGAGAUGUGUCAUCAGAAAAAAAUAGUCCAACACCCUGAAAUGUUCUGCUCAAUUGUAUUUUAUAAUUUAUUAAUGUACUAAACUCUAUUUACAAGAAUCUCAUUAGAAAGCAUUCAUUAGCAUUCAUUCAUUCCAUUAAUGCUAAGCACCAUUUCUAGUCAUAAAACGCGCAGAAGCCAUCACAAAUACAUGAAACUCUGUAAGGGCAACUCAAAACAAAAGUCGCUUGAGUAACAUGGAAA